AUGAGUAUCUCGGCCUUUUUGCAAGAAAAAGAAUUCAUAGUGAAUGGUUAGGUUAGGAGAUUAUUUCACACUCAUCUAUAAAGUACUCCACUUUUUGGAAACUCCACUGACCUAGAAUACUUUUAUGUUGACAUAUAUGCCGGUAUAAAUAAAGAGCCUUAGGCAUUAAUAGUAGAUACUGGUAGCGGAAUUACUGCCUUUCCUUGUGAAAAUCAUUGCAAACCCAAGUCUUGUGGAAAUCAUAUCAACAAAUAUUUUAAGGUAGAUGAUUCUCAAACCAAAUAUGUAUACUAAUGCACUAAGGAUUGUGAGACAUGCUUUGAUGGUGACAAAUGCGACUUUAGCCAAAGCUACGGAGAGGGAAGUACCUAUAAUGGUUUCCUAGUCAGAGAUAAUAUUUAUUUUGGAGAUAAUUAUCACAGCAACGAAGAUUCUUUCCCAUUCACUUUCUCUUGUGUCUAUGAAGAGACUAACUUAUUUUUUACUUAGUAGGCAGAUGGUAUUCUAGGUAUGAUGAAGGAUGUAGGACAUCCCUUAAUGAAGCCUAUCUUCUAAGCAAUGCAUGAAAAACAUUUAAUAGAAAAGUAGCUAUUCACUCUUUGUUUAGGGAAGAAUGGAGGGUACUUCUAGAUAGGAGGUUAUGAUAAAUAGAGUCAUAUUUCAGAAAUUUAAUGGAUUCCAUUAUUAAACAAAGGCGGUUAUGAAGUAUAAGCUAAUGGAAUUAGUAUCAAUAAUCACUUUAUUGCAGGUAGUGAUGAGUAUAAGACUGCAUUUAUAGAUUCAGGUACCACUUUCACAUACUUUCCACCGACUCUCUAUGAAGCAGUUGUUUAUCAUAUGAAAUGGUUCUGUGAUGUGGACCCAGAAAACAAUUGUAAAGGGGAAUUUUAUAAUAAGGCUCUUGCUGGAAGUAAAGCUAGUUGCUUUAAAUAUGACGAGAAUUAAUUUCCAGAGGGCCCUUUGAAGUAUUUUGAAAGUUUCCCAGUUAUCAAUUUAUUAGUAGAAGGUGCCCAAAUAUCAUGGUAUCCAUCUGAGUAUCUUUACAGAGAACAAGGAAAUUUGUACUGUAUGGCAGUUUAGUCUAGCAAAAGAAAUUAGUUACUCUUAGGUGGUACAUUCAUGAGAUAAUAAAACUUCAUAUUCGAUAUUGAAAAUAACAGAGUAGGAGUUGCAAGGGCUCAAUGCAAUAACGAUUUAAAUUAAGUAAAAUCAGAAGAAGAACUUAUCCAAUCAGGGUAGAAAUUCGGAUUGGUUAAAGAUUACUUGUCAUCAAACAACACCGAGUGUGAUGGCUCUCAUUAGAGUGCAAGCUUGACUAAAAAAUUGGAAUCUAAGAAGGGAGUUUAAUACACUUCAAAAUCAUCUAAAAAAGAUGAAUUCGACAUUCCUCAUUUGAUUCUAUACAUUCUAGAUUUCUUGAUUUUAGUUGUAGCAAUCGCUUUAGUUUAUACAUUUGGUAAAGAUAUUUAUAAAAGAUAUAAAGAUAAAAAAGAGGGAAUUAGUUCUGGAGGAAAAUCAAGCGAGUUCUAGGUUAUCGACUUCAAUGAUAAUAAUAAGAAGUAUAGAGUAGAAAACAGUAAUAACGAAAUAGAAUUACAAUCUCAGGGAACUAUCUCUCAUGACAGAAAUAGAGACAGCAAACCUAAAUAUCAAAUGUUUGACAAUAUUAAUGACUUAUCAGUAGACACAGAAGACAAGUGA